AUGAGACAUUUCUAUGCCCGAAAGCUGACGUAUGCUUGGUGGCCCAUACAAUUACGUCAAAAACCAAAAGAACUUGCCAGGGCCGGUUUCUGCUACACGGGAGACCACGAUGCCAUCACCUCUGCCAUAUUCCGCUUCAAUGGUCUGUCCUUUCUGUACACAGCAUUUCUGCUAAUCAGUCCAUUGCUCAGUGUACCAUGUGCCAUCUCAUCUAAAGGUUCAACAGGGGUCUACCUGAAGAUUCUGAUCGCCUUCUCCACCCUUGCUGUCCUUGCUCAGGCCACUUUUCACAUCGUCCUUGGUGCCAUAGCAACCGACAAUGAACCGUAUGGUUCCAUGUUUCCCAACUGUUCUUUCAAUGAAAAACUGGCUAGACAGGUUGGACUUCAAAGACUGGACGGAGUAGCUUUAGAAGACAUCAUUCGGUUAAUCGUACCCGAUGUGGUUGUCUUUAUCGUGUCUCUUGUCGUCUUCAUAAUCAGCAAUGUCCUGUUGAAGAGAGACGCUGCACAGGAAACGUCCGAUUUGCCAACAACUGUUAAGAUUCGGCGGCGGCGGCGCGUCACGUCUGUGAUUGAAUUCUUUGGCGAGUUUCUAGUCGCAUUGCUCCUGUGUGUCAGUGGGAUUAUUCUGCCGUCCGUUCUAAGUGCAGUUUACUUUUUAACAUUUCUGGUGAUCGCAACGCUGUGGGCAUGCUACAAGAGCCUGGGGCACAAGUUCGCUGGUUUCCGGGUGUUUCUCUUGGUGUACACGGGUCUGCAUAUUCUGGUCUUACACCUGUACCAGUUUCAGUUCUUCCAGGAGUAUUUGCCUCACACAGAAUUUUUACCAAGGUAA